AUUCUGCCUUGAGGCAAUAUUAUUUAAUUUUAACCUAACGAUGUAUUUUAUAUGGUUAAUGAAUGAUGUGUGAAUCUACAUCGACUAUGCUUUGAAUGUGCCUCGUGCUCUGAACGAUGACAUCGAAAGUAGUGUACUUCGUUGUCGACGGGAAGAACGAACAAGCUGAGUUCGACCAAGAUGACAGCCCCGAUGAGGUCCGAGAGAUCUUCCGUGCUGCUGCUGAAGCUAGUCCCAAUGAUAUUAUUAAGCUUUAUAACACCAAAGGAAGUUUACUGAACAUAUCUCCACGGCUACAGGAAAACACCCCAAGUACACGCUACAACCUGGAGGUGGUGGCUGCACACUGUGAUGGUACUCCAGAUAGAACCUGGAAUGGGUUUGACAUCGAUGGUAUAGAGAAAAGAUUGGAGGCGAUUGAGAGCAGAGUCUUCACAGACGAGGGUGAAAUACCACCCGUUGUGAGAGAUAUGAAGAAAAAAGUGGAGGGCUUUAAGCAGAAAUUAGAGAGUGUUGAACAUUUAAGUUGGUUGGGGUUAUUUAAAGACAUCUCAUCAGGAACAUCACUGCAACCAUUCUGGGACAAGAAAAACUCCAUACGAAAAAGCGAAGAGAAGAUGAGGCGAACUUUUGAUAAAUUUCUUAAAAUGAGCCGUGUACAGGUGACAGAUGAGGUUAGUGAGUAUCUCAGGAAACCCACCUUCGACAAUUGGCAGUGGGAUGACUCAGAAAUGUUGAUAUUAUUACGCCAAAUGUUUAUUGAUUUGGACUUCAUCCGUAAAUUUAACAUUGAGUUACCAGUUCUCCAUCAAUGGUUGUAUGAGGUGUAUAAGCACUACAAUCAAGUUCCUUUCCACAACUUCAAACAUUGCUUUAUGGUUACACAAAUGAUGUAUGGCUUGACAUGGUUGAUAAACCUGCCCAGUUACAUGGAGGAUAUUGAUAUUCUCAUCCUGAUCGUGUCUGCUAUAUGUCAUGACCUAGAUCAUCCAGGCUACAAUAAUGCUUACCAAAUAAAUGCGCGCACAGAGCUGGCUCUCAGAUACAAUGAUAUAUCACCACUAGAGAACCACCACUGUUCGGUAGCGUUUGAACUCCUGGCCAAACGCGACUGUAACAUAUUCAGGAAUGUCUCUCAGGAGCAGUACAAGAGGAUUCGAGAGGGUAUCAUCAGAUGCAUAUUGUCCACUGACAUGGCCAAACACACUGAAAUCGUUAAUGGUUUCAAAGCUAUCAUCCCUGCCUUUGAGUUUUCCAAUAAAGAGCAUAAAGCCAUGCUCACCAUGAUACUGAUGAAAGUAUCAGACAUUUCCAACGAAGCCCGACCAAUGGAUGUUGCUGAACCGUGGCUAGACUGCUUACUUCAAGAGUUUUUUAACCAGAGUGACGUUGAGAAGCUGGAAGGACUCCCUGUAGCACCAUUCAUGGACAGGGAGAAAGUCACCAAGUCUUCGUCUCAAAUUGGAUUCAUUAAGUUUGUCUUACUCCCUUUGUUUGAAACCCUUGGGCAGCUUUUUCCAGUGGUAGAGGAUCAAAUUAUCCAGCCUGUCAGAUUUGCCCUGAAGUACUACACGGACAUGCAGAAGGCGUUAGACGAGGGCAAAAGACGUAAGGGGUCAACGGGUCGACAAAACAGCAAAAAUGGCUUGAAAUCAUGACAACGAUGUUAAAUAAGGCGCAUGCAGGUGAUUUGCAGCAGAAGCAUAUCAACAUUUUUCUAGACUUUUGUAAACGGUUGUUAUGUUUUUGUCAUAGCAAACAUGCCAUGUUUAUUGUUCUUAAUUCAGUUGUACUGAUCUUUACGGUUGUCUUCGUUAGUAAGUAGUGUACAUGUCUUGCAAUGACAGGUGGAAACCUCUACUUGAGUACAGGUAUGUUGUAUAUUUAUUUCACUCAUGUCUUAUUCGCACAGAACCGUUACUUGGUUAUUGAAACUGUCUGUUGUCAAAUGGCUGCUCGUGUUAGACCCUUCAUCUGUGGUGCUUUGUCUAAAAUGUCUCACGGCCAAAUUUCAUGACACUUUUUUUUUGUCAAGCAAGCAAAAUUUGGUUUGGUGCUUUUGCAGUGGGGAUAUAACUUCUCACUUAACCAAUCAAAAUGUGGUUUUGACGUACUUUUUUGUGGUUAGACCAACUAAAUUGGAAUACAUUUUUUCUAUGCCGAAUGAUUUGACAUACACGAGUAAUAUUAUGUCUGUAUACGUACUUUAAAAAGGUCAUUGUCUCAUGACCAAUCAGUGUGUCGUUCAAUGAAUUUUUAUGUGGACAAUACUUUUUAACAUAUCAAAAUUUGUUUUAUUGAUUUUUUCAAGACAUUGCUUCCAAACCAGUCAAAACGUUGUUUUAUAACUCAAAAUGGAUUUUGUAUCAGAACUUUGAUUGGGAAAAUUUUAAGACCGAAUAUAUAGAUAAAAAUAUGUACAAAAUAUUGAAUCUACAUGCAUGUAAUAUUAGAAAAAUCUAAAUAAGAGCGAAUAUAAUAUGUGACCAUGUUACGUCCCUUUGGAAGAAGCUCGUCAUAUUAUACAUUCUAGAUAUAUAUAUACAUAUAUGUAUAUACACUGAAUUUUGCUGAUCAUGAGCCUUUUUCUACACAUACUUUUAAUGCUACAAGAUGAGCAUUACAGUCGCUAUAUCACCAAAAUAUAUGUGUUGGUUUCGUCUGAAAUCGUAUAGAGCGCUUAAAUUGCCUUCAAGAACGGGCCGUCUAAACCGUCUCGAUGCCUUCUUUGUUAUAUACGUCUCAAAAGCUGCUGAUGACAUAGAAAUGUGAAAAUUGGUGGGUUAAAACAUGGUUAAACAUAGUGGCGCUAUAGAAGCACGAGACAAACUGAUCUGUACCUUAAGCAUUGGUGGGCGAAACGUAUCGACGGUAUAGAAGUAUGAAACAGAUUGAUUUGUAAGCAUUGGUGGCCUAACAUAUUGGCGCUAUAAAGUAUGAGAUAAAUAGACUUGUAUCUUAAACAUUGGCUAGCUUAACGUAUUGAAGUAUAAAUAUACCUAAAAAAAGUAUGAGGCAGACUCACCUGCAUCUUUAAGCCUUGGGAGGUCAUAACCGUAUUGACAUUAUUGAAAUAUGAAUCAGAUCCGCCUGUACAUUAAGCACAGGUGAGCUAAACGUAUUGAAGCUAUGGAAGUAUGAAGCAGUUGUACAUGAAGUAGUGGUCAUGAAACCAGCCAAAGGUGUGCAUAAUUUAGUUUGAUUGAUUGCUUGUGGAUAUUGUACUUCCGCUAGUUUGAAAUCCAGGUCUCAUUACUGGUGUGAUUCGGCUUUUUGUAAUUGCAAUAUACAAGCAUUACGCAGGUGAGUGUUUGUGACCUUCGGGGAUUUACUCUUUGACGUCAGUUUCAAAACAUAGCCAAAAUAUGGAUGAACAUAAGAUAAAAGCUGAUGUCUUCAAAUGAUCUGUUGUGUUUAAUAUGAAGAAUUAUUGUUUAAACUGUGUAAACAAAGAGAAUCUCUGUUUAUUUCUAUAUAAUAAGUAGCCGUAUAGUGUGUUUUUUUUAAAGCAUUGAGAGCGUCCGCUAAAUGAAGGAACAACAAAAACAGCUGUCCAUACUAACAUUAUUUAUAGCAUUGGGCCAUAAGAUAAACAAGACAUUCUUAAAGCUUCUUCAAUGCUUUACCGCAGAAGCAGGGUAUUUACAGGCACUGUUAUAACAGAUCUCAAACAUACGAACCUAUUCCGCUUGAAAUUGUUAUUGCCCAUAUGAAGGGUAAAGUUCACACAAGGCUAUUCAUACAUAUCAAAGUUUUCAGUUGCGAAUUAUGUUAAUGAAAGAAAUUUAAAAGUUAUUUUUCACAAAGUUUAUAAUCUUGAUAUUUCACAGGUGAAAUGUAAGCACACAAAUACUUGGUUAUUAAAAAAACUACUUAAAGUGAAAAAGUUAAAAAUAUUCAUGGAGUAAGGCAUGAGAGAAAAUCCUUACUGCAUGAAACAUCGAGUAUUGGACGUUAAUAUUUGCUAUUCAAACUUCAUUGUGCAAUAAUCUGUCAGUGACUUUAGUCUGAAGAUUUGUCUUAUUGUUAAAUUAAGUAUUAGUGAAUUAUUACUAUAUGGUAUGGAUCCCAAGCACUCACUCACUCCCUAUAUGGUAUGUGUGUAUAGCACACUGCGAAAUAUCAGUUAUGUCGGAGAGAAAUAUCCUGUUGUUUUACUCUGUGUAAGUGAAGCUAGCAUUUUUGUGGUUUUGUAGUUUACUUGUAACAGACCAAUCCCAUUCUGUGCACUUGUUCCAAGACGUAACACUUCGCAUUUUCUGUGACGUCACAAGAGAACUUUGUAUUUUUCUGAAUGUUGUGGGUGCGUCCAUUUUUCAUAAAAAUGACGUUGCGUCAUUUCAUUUUUAACAUCACGUGACUUCGUAUUUUCAUGGAGCAACUGUCACUGUGGCGUUGUUCCCUGUUAUUUUACCACCGCUUGGAUUUACUUGUAAAUCCCAAUUUUCGACACAAUGUAUUAUGUCCUCCAUUCCAGUUGUGAUCUGACGGUCGGUUUGUAUGUUUGCAGUCAUCAAGCUUAGCACUGCACCGUGUGUGUUUAGCAGUCGAACUUGGCCUUGUAUGUCACAUGGUAGAUGGUAUUGCGAAUACAGACGGAUAUCCCAUAUAGUUUUACAACUCGUGCCCUUGUACUACUCUUUGUGACUACCUCGCCUUAAUAACGACACCUUAUUAAUCUCAAUAGGGUAGACAUGUGGGGUAUAUUUUUUACAUUUUAACAACCAAAUAUUGCUUCUUUACAUCCCCAUUUAAUUUGAACUCUACAAGAAUUGUUAUUAAUAAAUUUACAUGUUAGGUUUCUCCUAACCUUGUAUGUCAA